GGUUAAUUGCUACAAGACACAUUAUGAUUAUGUUACAACAAUACUCACAUCACAUGCAGUUAAAUGAACGUUCCAUCAUGCUAGUGGGUUUAUGUGCUUUAUAUAUCAUCAAAAAUUAUGAGCUUUCCAAAUCUAGAUUCAUGUAAACAGGCAAGUUAAUAGUUUCAUUCAAAUAAGGCUUGUUUAGUUUCUAUCAUUCAUAAUUUAGGAUUGACCGUCUAGUUAGUGUCAUUUAUUUAGGUAUUCGGCAUAUGUACAACUGCUUUGUAUUUGUUAUUUUAGUUGUUUCUUUCAAAUAUUUCUACUUGCAGGUUAUUUACAAAGUUGGUCUGUGCAUUUCUUUAUGGGACAUUUUGAAAGUUGAAGAAAGCUUUAUAUCAGAUGUCGAUGGUGCUUAUUAUACUACAGUGAGCUUUCGAAUAGUUUGCUUUCGUCCAUUUAUUGAUGAAAUUCUUAUUGGAAUUGUAAAAUCUCUCUCCAAAGCUGGCUUACGUGUGUCACUGAAUUUUUUCGAUGAUGUAUUUAUACCUGCAGAAAAACUUCGCUCACCUUCAAGAUACGAUUAUGAACAAAAUGCAUGGAUAUGGGAGUAUGCGUACGAAGGUGAAGCAGCUGAAUUGCGCAUUGACAAACAUGAUACGAUUCGAUUUCGUGUAGUUGAAGAAGUUUGGUCUGAUCCAAACCCAGAUAGUGACAAAACUAACAUUUCAACUUCUAAUGACCCAUUAGAGUGCGGUGAUGGUAAUCCAGACUCUUUAAUUGAACCCAAAGCCCCCUAUACAAUAAUCGGUUCCGUUGUAGCUGAUGGACUAGGUGUAACUUGUUGGUGGGUCAGUUAACCUGAGAAAAAACUCCUUUGAUAUGAUAUUUUUGUUUAUAAUGUAUGUAUUUCAAGAUUCUUAAACUUGAUUAUUACUGGGGUUAUUUUUUGUAUUUAAUGAAAUAUUAUUGUUAAUGGUGAUGACGGUGAAUUUCAAAAGAAAGAAAUACGUAUGUACCCUUAUUACUCUCUUUUUAAGAAAAGUGGAAACGUCAUGAUAAACAAGAUUAUAUAUGUGUAUAUGAAUAUUGAUUAAACAGAAAAUAUAACACAAAAAAUAUGUAAAUUUUCGAAAAUAAAAGCGUUAUUUAUUCA